CCGCCGCCCGAGGCACACAGCGCUCGCAACAUGUGAACCGACCACGCGACCCAACAAAAUGUCCAACUUACGAUAACAAACUUCUCUAAUCGUGAGGCUGCAAAGCAAUACCACUCUUAUUACUCAUUAUAAUAGAGUUUAAAGUAGUUUUUAAAAACACCAGUAUUAUUACGUGUUAGUAAAUAUCGAUAUACCUAGUUGUUGUUGUGCUUAUUGUCUACUAUAAAGAUGCGCCAAUAUAUCGUCCCCGUGCUGCUCCUAGCGAUAGUGGCACUCUCCUCCAGUAAUGUUCUUCCAAUGUCGCUAAAUGACCUCAACAGAGAACAACUCGGCUUCGACAGCCAACACAAUGACAAUGCAUUUAGUGAUAGAUAUCCUACAAGAAAUAUACUCGAUGAAAUAUUUAAAAUGUACGUCGCACAAGACAACAAACCAGAAUCACGACAUAAUCUCCAACAAAAGUAUGAUGAGGACAAUAAUCUAAAUAAUGAUAUUUACAAUAUAUUAAGUAAAGACGACAACUACAAUGGGGAAGGUUUUCGAAAAGAACAAUGGCAUAACUAUCCACGACAGUUAGAUCGCCUCCAUCAAUUCUAUGAACACAAUGCGGAUAAAAGGAACUUCGAUCCCGACCCCAAUAACGAAGGAAACACUGAAGAAAUUGCACCUGAUAAUCCAGACACAAAUUAUAUAACCAACGAAUUUCAAUUAGACAGUAACCCUGCUACGAAUAAUGUCUACGACGCAGUAAUAGGUGCGACUAACCCCUUAUUAAUACUUAAAAUGCGAUUAGCACGCUUGAAUAAAGAUAUUGAUAAUGCGAAUGCCCAUUAUGCUAAUCUUAUAAAUUCUGGACUAGAAUCUAAUAACCUGAGAGAGGAUGAAAAGAAUGAAUUCAGGAAUGAAAACCCCGAAUCGAACGCCAUUAAAGUAAAGCGGGAAGGCGUAGCUAGCUCACAGAAUAACGAGUUAACAGACAAUCCAUCGCAAAAUAAAACGGUGAACAAGAGGAUUUUCUCGCUGUGGAGUCGUCUACAGAGCCUGAACCACAAAGGUCACGAGCUGCAACACCGGCGACAUCUACACGCGUUCUACGGUCUACCUGACUCUGAUGGAGGAGGGGCGCUCACGGCAGAAACCAGGGCGACACUCAUGCGACCACCCGGCUCGCCCCUACGAUGGGGAUGAAUAUACUAGAAUCGUUGAAGAGGCUUUGUUAAGUUUCGGUUCCUUUGCAGUUACGUGUUAGAUAAAUAAAUGAGGAAGAUGAUAGGGACAAAAUGGAUGGAAGUAGCAAGCGUAGGUCAUCUCCAAAAAAUGUUGAAACAUUAGCAAAAAUGUUA